AUGAUCGCCUCUCCGUCUGUCAACCUCGUCGUACUGGCUGCCGUCGGUUUGACUGCUUCUUCCGUGAGUGCACACAGUUAUAUGAUUUUGCCGUUGCCAACGUGGCCGGUGUCUUGGGGUACGAACAGCCCGUCCGGUUUGAUCGAGGGCGACACGUACCUUCCGGUCCCGGAUGGCAUGUCAUACUCGACGGACCCAUACGACAACACGGAGGCCUACUGGGCUGCCUUCAACGCCAGUAGCUACACGUCACUGCUGGAGUUUGCGAAGGAGACACAGGUACUGCAGACGAUGGCGACGUUCGGAACGGCGACAGCGGAAUGCGGUUUCUCGCUUGCCAACGGGACGGCGCGUGCCCUGCCGGCUGAGGUCGAGUGGAACCAGUUGACGUCCUCCCACGAAGGUCCUUGCGAGGUCUGA